AUGUCAUUAUCCGCUCUUCUAAUUAGUUUUCUCCUUGUGGCCACCACUUGGCUGAGUUUCCACACAACUCUAAUUUGUGCGUCAUCAUCUGAUGUUAAAUAUGAUGUGUCCAUAUUUGCUGGUGUAACCUCACCAAUUACAUUAGCAUACACCAGACAGUUUGGUGAUGGAUUUCCAGCAAGCAUGUCAUGUCUUGCUAGAAUUGCCCAUACUGUACAAGCAAAAGAUGGAACCGUCUACAUGUCUGAUAGUACAUACCAUGUUAUUCGAAAAGUUGAUGGAAACACUGGAGUAAUCUCUGUCUUUGCUGGAAGUUAUGCAUCUGGAGAUGAUGGAAACAAUAUUGUUGCUACAUCUGCUAAAUUGAAUGCACCAACAGGAAUGGUACUUAAUAAGAAUGAAACUUGGUUAUAUUUUGUCAGUUCUAGUAAUUGUGUUCGUGGAGUUGAUUUGACAACUGGCAACAUUUCAACUAUUGUUGGUAAAUGUGGUUCAUCUGGAUAUAAUGAUAGCACCGAUCCAUAUUCUGUUCUCUUUGCGUCAACUCUGUCAGUUGCCUUGUCAGAUGAUGACAAUUUAAUGUUUAUUACUGACAAUAGCAACAAUGCCAUACGACAAUUUAAUUUACAAACUAGAAUUACAACAACAAUAAUAAUUCUUGGAGGACCAAAUUCAAUUCUAUCCACUGGAAAAUAUUUAAUAAUUUCACAAGGAUCUACGGGAAAGGUUUCUAAAUAUGACAUUUCAAAUGAAAAUUCAAUUUUAUUGAAACAUGAGGAAAUAGGUUUAAAUUUUCCUGGAAAUAUGUUUAGAAAAGGAGAUUUGGUUUAUGUUGUGGAGCAAAAUGGUGGAAAUGUGAUUAGUUUGAACAUUAGUCUUGAUACUACCUUUACAAAGAGCGUUCUAGUUUCUGGUUUGGUAAAGCCAUAUAGUGUUCUAUUGGAUAUGUAUGAUAAUUUGAUUGUUUCUGAAUCGACAAAGGUUGUUUAUAAUUAUACGAAAGAAGGUGAAAGGAAAAUCCUAGCUGGAAAUUGUAACACGAAAAAUUUUGCUGGUAUUCCACUUGGUCAAGAAACUGCGCUAGCAACUUCUCUCAACAUUUCUCCUCAAUUCCUUUCCACCAACUAUUUUGCAACUCAUGAUAUGAUGCUAUUCGAAUUGAACAAAACAAAUGGAAAUGCAACAUUUAAAGCUGGAACUGGAGUAACUCUUCCAGAAUUUUCAAUUUUAACUGAUGGAACUAUUGCUUAUAAUUCAAGUUUAGGUACUAUUAUUAGUUGUAUCACUGAAGCAAAUGUCAAAAUGUUGGGUCUGACCUUAGUCGUGGGUUUGGGUUUGGGUUUGGGUUUGGGUUUGGGUUUGGGUUUGGGUUUGGGUUUGGGUUUGGGUUUGGGUUUGGGUUUGGGUUUGGGUUUGGGUUUGGGUUUGGGUUUGGGUUUGGGUUUGGGUUUGGGUUUGGGUUUGGGUUUGGGUUUGGGUUUGGGUUUGGGUUUGGGUUUGGGUUUGGGUUUGGGUUUGGGUUUGGGUUUGGGUUUGGGUUUGGGUUUGGGUUUGGGUUUGGGUUUGGGUUUGGGUUUGGGUUUGGGUUUGGGUUUGGGUUUGGGUUUGG